UUCCCAGGCCUGAGGCCUGACUCGGGCAUCUGGUUAAGGUGAAACACUCGAACAGAAGAAAUUGUACCUUUCGGUAAUAACUUGAGAAUGCAGGGAUGGUGCGGCUGCACGUGAAGCGAGGCGACGAGAGUCAGUUUGUGUUCGACAGCGCGGUGGAUGUGUCGCUGGACGCGCUUAUCCACCAAGUGGCAGAUAUUUAUAAUGGAAGACUGAAAGUGGACAGGAUUUGCUCCGAGAUUCAAGAGCUUGCCGAGCACGGGAUAACCCUCCCCCCGAACAUGCAGGGACUGACGGAAGAGCAGAUCCACGAGCUCAAGCUCCACGACGAGUGGGAGGAGCAGUGUGUCCCGAGCGGUGGGGCCCAGUUCAGGAGGGAUGAGAUCGGGCGGAGGAACGGCCAUGCUCCAAAUGAAAAAAUGAAGGAAGUGUUAAAGAAAACAGUGGAAGAGGCUAAAGCUCUAGUUUCCAAGAAACAAGCACAGGCCAAUGUGUGUGUUACUAUGGAGAUGGUAAAUGAGGCCAUAAACCUGCUCCGAGGGGCCGUCAUGAUCGUUUACCCUAUGGGUCUGCCUCCUCACGAUCCAAUUAGGAUGGAGUUUGAAAACCAGGAAGAUCUUUCAGGAACACAGGCAUCCCUGCAGGUGAUUCCAGUUGAGGAUGCCCAGUUGUGGUGGGCAGCAAAAGAGAUGCAGAGGGGUAAGAAGCUGCAGGACUAUGUUGGGAAGAACGAGAAGACCAAGAUUGUCGUCAAGAUUCAGAAACGGGGCCAAGGUGCGCCAGCCCGUGAACCCCUCAUUAGUGCUGAUGAACAGAAACAGAUGAUGAUGCAUUACUAUAGGCGCCAGGAGGAGCUCAAGAAACUGGAAGAAGCAGAAGAUGACUCGCACCUGCAGUCUGAAUGGGCAGACAGGCAGGCACUUAAGAGGCAGUUCCAGGGCCUCACCAAUAUCAAAUGGGGUCCCAGAUGAAUCUGUCAGAAACUGAAUGUUGCUCACCAUGCUGCUGUUCCUUGGGUUUGAGGGCUGUCCUGCUCAUAGUCUUACCCAUAGAUUAGGGAAAUAUCAAAGGCUUAGCCAUUUGUUCCCCAUUUCCCAUUAGUCCUCCAUUUUUGUUUGAUGUUCAUUUUUCUCUUGUGUGUUUUAUGCUGUCUGUGGCAUAUGUAUAUAAUAAAACUUUUGUAAAAGUGUG